CAAAUUAAGGAUUAUCCAGAAGUUAAAAUUUUUUGGGAUAAUAAAGAUAUCCGGCGUACCAAAGUACAAAACGAACUAAAAACUUUACAGAUUGAAACUGAAAAUUUAGAUUAUGCUCUCAACCGAGGAAAGGAAUUGGACCUGCAUGCUAAUAUAAUUGGAAAUAAAAGGAAGUCAAUAUUGCAAGGGAUGCAGAAUGAUGAAAAU